AUGCCGAGUGUGGAUUCAGUUAGUCGGCUCAGCUACAUCUCCCUUAUAACAAAUGACCAAGAGGCAUUUCUUCAACUGUUCAAAUUCUACACAAAUUUGGGCUUUAGAUUAACCAAAAACUUCUCCAGAGUCUCUCCCAAUGGUGCCUCUGCUGCCAAUAACCCACAGUUACAAUUGGGUGUGUCAAAGGAUUCGCUAAGAGAAGUUUGGCUUGAGUCUUAUCCAUUGCAAGAGUUGGAUGAUAAUGGAAAUUUACGUCCCUGGCAAGAAAUGAGUAUCUAUUAUGGAGACAACUGUCAAAAACUCUCAGAGUCCACCAUUAUCAAAUUGAGAUUAUCUAAUGAAGAGCCUGCAUCAAACGCGAUAUCCAAAAAGCUCAUUUUCUUCAGUACUGAAUUGCAAAAACUUGCAAAAAUCUUGCAAGAUUCUGAAAAGGAGGUCAAAAUUGAAAAAAUCACUGAUAGCAUGAUUGAUACCAGAGAUCCAUUGGGUAACCAGUUGGUCUUUUCAAGCACUAUACAUCCAUUAUCCAAAACUGAAUACAACUGUGCUCAAGAUUAUAUCCAACAAACUACGCACGAAAUUUUAAAGAGUAGAAAUGAAUUGGGCGACGGUUUGAAUGCCAAGAACAAAUUCAGAUCAGAAAUCAGUUUAGCAUUGGAUGAGACUGAGGCAAAGACUAGAACAAGCACAAAAGAUGGCAAGGAAAUAGUCAAAAAAAAGAAAAUCGCUGUGAUGACGUCUGGUGGUGAUGCUCCCGGUAUGAACCCUGCAGUUCGUGCAGUUGUCAGAGCCGGUAUCUUUUACGGGUGCGAUGUCUUUGCCGUUUACGAAGGUUAUGAAGGAUUGGUUAAAGGUGGUGACUUGUUGAAACCAAUGGAAUGGGCUGAUGUGCGUUCAUUCUUAUCAUUGGGUGGUACUGCUAUUGGUACUGCUAGAUGUAAGGAGUUUAGGGAACGUGAAGGAAGAUUGCAAGCUGCAUACAAUAUGGUGAUUAAUGGUAUUGAUGCCUUGGUAGUUUGUGGUGGUGAUGGUUCGUUAACUGGUGCAGACUUGUUUAGAAGCGAAUGGCCAUCUUUGGUUGAAGAAUUGGUUACUUCGGGCAGGUUGACAGAUGAGCAAGUGUUGCCAUAUAGGCAUCUCAAAAUUGUUGGUUUGGUUGGGUCGAUUGAUAAUGACAUGUCCGGAACCGACGUUACUAUUGGUGCCUACUCUGCAUUGGAAAGGAUCUGUGAGAUGGUUGAUUAUAUUGGUGCCACUGCCUCUUCGCAUUCUCGAGCAUUUGUUGUUGAAGUAAUGGGUAGACAUUGUGGUUGGUUAGCACUUUUAUCGGGUAUUGCUACGGGUGCUGAUUAUGUUUUUAUCCCAGAAAGACCGCCAAAAGCUGGCCAAUGGAAGCAAGAAUUGAAAGAAGUUUGUGCUAGACAUAGAUCUUAUGGAAGAAGAAAGACAACCGUGAUUGUUGCCGAGGGUGCAAUUGACGAUGAGUUGAAUCCAAUCACCUCUGAAGAGGUCAAGAAAGUGUUGGUUGAUUUGGGGUUGGAUACUAGAAUCACCAUUUUGGGACACGUGCAGAGGGGUGGUACUGCUGUUGCAUUUGAUAGAAGAUUAGCUACAUUGCAAGGUGUUGAAGCAAUUAAGGCAGUUUUGGAAAUGACACCCAACACACCUUCGCCGAUGAUUGGUAUUUUGAAGAAUAAGAUUGUUAGACGUCCCUUGGUUGAUGCAGUUAAGCAAACACAAGCGGUUGCUGAGGCUAUCGGCAAAAAAGACUUUGACAAGGCCAUGUCCUUACGUGAUGCCAAUUUCUAUGAUGCUUAUAGGUAUUAUAAAGCCAUCACUUAUUAUGACGAUAGGUCAAGGCAAUUGCCCGAAAACAAGAGAUUAAAUAUUGCUGUUGUUCAUGUUGGUGCUGCAUCUGCUGGGUUGAAUGCCGCUACAAGGGCAAUAACCUUGUACAAUAUCUCUCGUGGACAUACCUUGUAUGCGGCUCAGGAUGGGUUUGAAGGGCUUGCAAAAGGUCAUUUGAAGAAGUUGGAGUGGUUAGAUGUUGAAGGGUGGCACAGUAGAGGUGGAAGUGAGAUUGGUACCAAUCGUUCGUUACCCUCGCAGGAUUAUGGAAGAGUUGCUUACUAUUUGCAAAAAUUCAACAUUCAAGGUUUAAUCAUUAUUGGUGGAUUUGAAGCAUUCAAGUCUUUGCACGAACUUGAUGUUCAAAAGGCCAACUAUCCAAUAUUUGAGAUUCCUAUGGUUGUUGUUCCAGCAACCGUUUCAAACAAUGUUCCUGGAUCAGAAUACUCGCUUGGAUCAGAUACUUGUUUGAACCAGUUAGUGACGUAUUGUGAUGCUGUCAUCCAAUCUGCAUCAUCAAGUCGUAGAAGAGUGUUUGUGGUUGAGGUGCAAGGUGGCCACUCUGGUUAUGUUGCAUCUUAUUGUGGAUUAAUUACUGGUGCGUUGGCUACAUAUACUCCUGAGGCUCAGAUCAAUCUUCGCGAAUUGCAACGUGAUAUUGAGUUGUUAUUUACUGUGUUUCAAACCGAUCGUGGUGAAGAUCAUAAUGGUAAAUUGAUUGUUAGAAAUGAGCAGGCAUCGCUGGUUUAUUCUACUGAAUUGGUUGCCGAUAUUCUUAAGGAGAAUGCUAAUGGCAGAUUUGAGACUCGUACUGCAAUUCCAGGUCACGUUCAACAAGGAUAUACGCCUACAGCAAACGAUCGUGUUCUUGCAGUGAAGUUUGCAUUAAAGGGAAUGGAGUUUAUUGAACAAUGGAAUCAUAUUACUGAAAAGGAUGAUGAUGAUAAAAUCAAGCUUUCUACAGAUGUUAGUGGUGGUAAUGAGGAAGAAGAAGAAGGAGAAGAAGGAGACAAAGAGGCAGAGGAUGAAGAGGAAGAUGCAGCAUGGAAGGUGGAUAAUUAUGAUGAUGAUGAAGACGAGUAUAGGAAACACAAUGCUGUUGUUAUUGGUAUUCAUGGAGACUUGACAGAGUUCACCAAUGUUGGUACAUUGUAUGAGACUGAAGCAGAUGUCAAGUUGAGGAAAGGUAAGACCAUCCAUUGGAAGGAUAUGAUUGAGGUUGAAGAUAUGUUGAGUGGUAAGACGCUACUUAGGAGGAAGAAGGAGAACUUGUAA